AUGCCUGGACUCGUUCCCUCCUACACCGUCCCCCCGAGCAUGAUUCCUCCUACCAUCAGAACCCCCGUCACUGAGGAGGAGAAACAGAAGGAGUCGGAAAAGCAGGGCGGUCGCGUCAUCAGCCGCGUCCUCUACUUCCUCGCCGGUCUUGGAGGUCUGGUGUUCAUCGUCGCCUUUGAUCUCGUCAGCUCUCAGGACGAGCUCCACCGCACCCGCCUCAUUCUGCAGACCACCAGCCCUUCCCUUGUCGUCUACUUCCUCUGCCUCGUCAUCUAUGGUGCUUACCGGCCCGCCGACGGCAACUACAUCACCCGCGUCGCGACCAUCAACCAGACCGUCCCCGUCGCCUGCCUCAUGCUGGACCUCGCCUGGAUCUGGACCUUUAUGUUCAACGACGUGCGCUUCGUGCUGGCCACCACCUUCUUCCUCGUCGUGCCCUGGCUCGCCGCCGCCUUUGCCAGGCUGCUCGACGCCGAGACCGUCGCUCCCUGGCGCCCGACCACCGACCUGCGCAUCAAGAUUGGCGACGAGGUCAUGACGAUGAACCUUCCCGUCGAGACCGCCGGCAAGAUGCAAGAGGCGUUCCGCGUCAAGGCCGAGGCCGAUCGCCGCGCUGGAAUGGCUCGUCGCGCAAACACGUGCGCCAUCCAACCCACUCCUGCCCACUACAGCAGCGACAUGCGCUGGCCCUACAACAAUGAUAACUACUCCUACAACGGCUACAGCUGGUGA